UGUAUUCGAUUAUACAGAUCUGGCGCUCAGUCCGUAUCCAGACCAACUCAAUCGAUAUCGCAGUGAUUGAUGUCCGCCAUUGCUGGAGUUUAGUGUGACCGAGCGCGUUUAAAAGAUGUUUUCAGCGUUACCUCUGCGCUCUUUGGUGUCUUAUGCGGCAAGGCAAGUCCGUAGCCUGCAUCAGACAUCAGCUCGAGCUGGCGCAGGCGGCAUCUUUGUGCACAGAGACACACCAGACAACAAUCCAGAUACUCCAUUUGAUUUUACCCCAGAAAACAUGAAGAGAGUCGAGGCAAUAAUUAAUAAUUACCCAGAGGGGCACAAAGCAGCCGCCACUAUUCCUGUGCUGGACUUGGCCCAGAGGCAACAUGGAUGGCUUCCUAUUUCGGCAAUGAAUAAAGUGGCAGAGGUCCUGGGCAUUGCUCCUAUGAGAGUGUAUGAAGUUGCAACAUUUUAUACCAUGUUCCUCCGCAAGCCAGUGGGAAAGUACCACGUCCAGAUCUGUACCACCACGCCGUGUAUGCUCUGCGACUCUGACAGCAUCCUGGAGGCCAUCAAGAACAAACUAGGUAUUAAAGUCGGUGAGACCACAGCUGACCAACUAUUCACCCUAUCAGAAGUUGAAUGCCUUGGUGCUUGUGUGAACGCCCCAAUGGUCCAAAUCAAUGAUAACUAUUAUGAGGAUCUAAAACCAUCAGACAUUGAGCAGAUCAUAGAUGAGCUGAAAGCAGGGAGAGUUCCCCCACCUGGUCCUCGGAAUGGCCGUUUCUCAUGUGAACCUGCUGGUGGGUUAACUUCACUGACAGAACCACCUCCUGGACCGGGUGUUGGCGUGAGACCCGACCUAUAAGCAAACCGACCCAUCGUCCAUUAUCUGACUUGAGUCCCUGUACAUCGGAGAUGCUAUGUAAAUAAAAUGUUAUCAUUAAUUAUA